CGCGUUUUUGAAGUCCGUUCAGUUGGUGCAACACGGGCCUAGAACGCGCUGCUCUUUAGCUCCAGAGUCUUGUUCAAAUAAUACCAAUUGCUUAUUUUUUAUUCAAGUGCUUAUGAACCAAUAGUGAUUCUCGAGUAAAAUGAGCUAACAACUGCCAGAAAAUGCAGAUUUAUUGCCUGUUUAUUGUGAGCCUAUUAGGCCUAGUUGCUGGAUAUGGCCAUCAACCGCUGCUGAGGAACAUUAUUAAAGUGCGGGCCAGUGGUUUUAUGCCCUUCGAAUCGGACUUACUACUGCCGUUGAAUAUUCUCCGGCAAUUGCAAUCCCAGGAUCGAUCCUCGCGAUUUAUUGGCCAGAGGCCCAAACCGCUAAUAAGGCCAAAGGUCAAGCAGCAAAUCAGAUUGGAGAGGGCACAUCCCUUGAGGGAAGCCAAGGGUGUACAGCUUUACAAUCUCAUCGACGAUGAUGGCGAAUUGCUGCUGAAUCUCAAGGUUCAUCAGGACUCCAAGGUGAAUCCUCCAAUAAGUUAUAAAAGCAGCGUGCCAGAGGAGAAAUACCAGAGCAAAUACCACGAAUACGAUUCACCCUGGAUGCCCUCGAAGUGGAGACCCACCAGCGAGCUUCCCCUGGGGAUCGCAUCUUCGUCGCCACGCCCACUGCCCCUCCACCAAUAUCUGGGCCAAAGCAAUCGCAUCGAUCAGAAUACGGCGAAGAGAAGGCGGCAGGACAUGUGGCCACAUAAAUAAAAUAUCAAAACCACAUCACCAAAGUGAUGAUUUAAGGAAAAGAUUAUAUAUCUAUUGAAUUAGUUACUUAUUCAGUUGUUUAUUUUAAAACAACACAGCACGAAGAACACGCACUUAGAGAAAAGAUAAUUCUUGAUCUUGAAACGAAUCCUUUGAAAAACUAAAAUAAAGGAGUUACAUAAUUGGGAUAAGUACAAAGCAGUUAAUAUACAAUAUCAAGCUAAUACGGGAAAUACAAAAUAAUAAAAUAAAUAUAUUAAAAUAAGGCGGAUCCAAAAGGAAUUUACAUAUAUGCCAAAUUUUUUUUAAACUUAAUGAAUUUUAAAGAUUUAUGUAUAAUAAUAUAUAUCUUUAAAAGGGACUUCAAGUUACAAUGGAAAUCAUAAAGAACGUUUCAAAAUCAAGAAUUUCAUUUUUUCGUCGUGCUGAUUAAGAUACAAAAUAAACCAAACCAAACAAAACAUAUUUAACCUCACCAUUAAAUGCAAUCCAUAAGAUACAACAAGAAUAUAUGACACACAGAUUAAACCACACAAAUCAUAAUAAUCCGUAAGACAUAAAAACACGCAACAACAUUAUCCACAAGACACAAAACUAAUCCAUAAGACACAAAAUAGAUUUCUAAGCUUAAAAAUAAACGUUAAGAUACACAAAUGAAAUCCAUUA